UUGUAGGGGGUCACCUAUCCAGCGGCCGUGUUUGGGAGUUCCGUGAUGCUAGUACUUUGUCUCAACCACUGUUCUCGACUUGGGUCUUGAAGCAUGACUGGCCCUGCCAGCUUCUCGUCAGUCUGCUUUGACCCAUUGCCACAAGGCGGCGGAGUGUUGGUGCGCGGGGCCGCAGAAGAGGGUGUGUGGGGCGUUUCCCUGGCCGAUGUGGUCGCGACCUCUCUGUUAAGACGAUCCCAGCGUAGCAGGAGAUCCUUGGUGUAAUUGACCCUAUCGAAAUGGUUUUCUUCUGUUUGGCCCGACAGGCCCAGGAGUUCCGGCAGACUUGGUGAGGUGCGGGGUUUAUCGUGCAGGCGCGGGCAGUCCUGUAGAACGUGGGUGACAGUUUCUUCGGCUGCUCCACAUAGGCGGCACGACGGUUCGGAGUCAAAGAGUUCAUGACGUCGUUGUUGAGUCGCCAGAGACCCCGUGCGAGCCUGGAAUAGUAGUGCGCUUGAUUUGUCUCCUCUGUAAUAUGGUUCACAGCCCGGCGCCAAUUUAUGUGUUGCAUAACACGAUAGGCUGUGUUUCUUGGUGACCGCUUUACGCCAGAUGUCCGUGCUGAUCUGGGUGAUCCAUUCGUUCACUUCCUGACGCCAUUCACUUUCUUUUUUGGUUUGUUGGAGUUUCGGGUUCGGGCCGAAUUUUGACUCUAAUGUUGCAAGUCGUUGCAUCCAGAGGGUUUUAAUGCCUUUGUACCGUAGAUGCAGGUAUAUUCGCUUGCUGAAGUUAGUUUCUGGCAGGAAUUUCAGUCUGCCCAUGUAUUGGAAUUUAGAUCUUGCCUCCCUAAUUUCGAAAGGUGACCACCCCAUUUCACCUGUUAUGGCAGCAUUCGAUGUACAGAAGUUUCCGCCCAACAACCACCGUCCCAGUUCAUUUUGGUGUCUGUUUAGACACUUCAUUGUUCCAGUUGGGUACGUAAGUGCAUCAAGCGCAUACGUUGCCGCUGGGACAGCGAGCGUUUUCCACAAAAUACGACCCACCGAGUAUGGGUUGUACGAGUGGCGGGAGAGAUGCCACACUCUGCCUUUUAGGCGGUUUGAUUUCUUUGUAACUAACUCUGUUUGUUUUUCCAGGUAGUCUUUUUUGUCGGUUAUUUCGAUUCCGAGGUAUCUAUAGGUUGCUGUCUUUUUUAUAUGUUUUCCUUGCAGUGUGAAAGUAGCUUCGUCAGAGUCUGUGUUUAGGCUCAUCCAUUGAGUCUUUUCGGUGUUGAAUUUGAGGUGGUCUUCGGUCGCACCUUGGGAGCAGAUAUCCAAAAGGUCUUGGAGGUCUGUUGCCGAUUCAGCUAGAAGUACGAUGUCAUCAGCAAAUGCUAAACAUGAUAUUUUGGUGUAUACUUCUCGGUUGUCUGUUGUUAUCGUCGAGAGUCUCAGCCCAGGUCCCUUGUCGUUAAGUGUUCUUAAAAGAUUAUUUAUGAAUAGAUUAAAUAGGGUUGGUGAUAAUGGGCACCCCUGUUUCAGGCCCACUUUUAGGUUCACUUUUUGGGAUUUAUGUCCAUGGAGAUCAUAUACUGCUGUGCAAUCUGCAUAGAGUGCCUUCAGUAGUUCAAUAAAUUCUUUAUCUAGGGGUACAUCCUCAAGCUUUUGCCAUAGUUUGGCAUGAGAGACCGAGUCGUAGGCUUUUUCCAGGUCUAGGAAGGCGAGAUAGAGUUGUGCUUUUUCUUUGUGCUUCAUCUCUAUCGCUUGAGUGAGAGUGAAUAUAUGGUCACUUGUGCGUCUCCAGGGUCGGAAGCCAUUUUGUGAUUCACAGAGUAUAUCGUUUUUUUCGCAGUAGGUUUGUAGCCUGUGGUUUAAAAUUGUACUGAAGAGUUUCAGGGCGUUGCUAAGCACUGCUAUUGGACGGUAGGCAUUGAUGUCAUGUUCUGUUUUCCCUUUGCCUUUGUGGAUAAGUUGUAUACGAGUUUCUUUCCAUGUUUCUGGAAUGUCACCUGUUUUUAGGAUGUCAUUGAAGCAGUUGAGUAGCGUUUUUCGGGCAUUUGUACGUAGAGCUUUCAGAAAUUCAUUUGGAAUAUCGUCAAGGCCAGAUGCUUUCUGGUUUUUUAUGGCACCGAUGCGUCGUUUUAAUUCUCCUUUCGAGAUCUCCCAGGUCAGAGUUUCAGCUUCUUUCUGUUCUUUAGAUCGGCCUUCUGUUGUGAUAUUUGUGAGUUGGUGUAUUGGUAUGUCGUAGUUUGCUUGUACAGAUCUAAAAUGGUGUGUCAUGUAUUGUUCUAUUUCUCCUUUUUCGUGAAUACUGCCGCCAUCUCCUGUUUGGAGAGAAACCAUCUUGGGCCGGGCAUUUCGUGGUUCCAUGGUCUGAAUAUAUCUCCAGAACUUCUGGCUGUAAUGUUGACGUUCCUUUCUUAUUUGUUCUUCUUGUUGCUUGAAUGCUUUGUCUAUCUUUUGUGCAACCAUCACCUUCACUUUUCCCUUUUGAGCUAGGUAUUUUUCCCAGAUGGCAUCUUUUAGGCUAGUGUCUUCAGCUGGUGUGUGUCGGUGUUGUCUGGAGAGUUUCUUUCGUUCUUGUAUCUCCUCUUUUAGUUCUUUGUCGAACCAUGGUGUCGUCCGUGUUCUGUUUUUUCCAGAUGUUUUCCCAAUGGUUUUAUUUGCCACGGAUAGACAUUUCUCAAUGAAUUCUUUAUAUGUGAGAGAGUCCUCCAUCGAUUGGUCCAAUUCUUCUGCAAAGGUUUUGAGGCGGUCUUCAUCUCUUACUCUCCAGUGUGGUUUGGUAUGCACAGUUGCAGAGUUCGUUUGGUCUUGUUUUUGUUUUAGGGUUACUGUAAUUCGGUUGUGGUCACUUCCACAGUUGUUGGAUUUGUCUUCGUCUAUGUGUAUGGAUGUUAUAUGUAGGUUCUGCGAGACCUUGUCGUUGUAUAGGACGUAGUCAAUAGCAGACUUGCUCAAUCUGCGUGACCAUGUGUAUGUUCCCUUGCAUGUAGGGUCCAGGUUGGCUAUGUGUAGGUUACAUUGCUUGACCAGCUUGCGAAAGUCGGCUGCAUGUUUCUCAUAGCCUUCCAAUUCAGUUAUGUGGCAGUUGAAGUCACCUAUAAGGAGGAUUGGCUUGUUCUUAUAUGUUUGUUCUAUGUCUUUUUUUAUGCAGUUAUAGAUUUCUUCAUUCCAAGUUUGUUGUUCUGAGCCGGUAGCCAUAUAGGCAACACAUAUGUUGAGGUGACAUUUAUCGAGUUUCGCAGUAAUCCACAUGUGUUCUUGGCAGGCAUCCUUUCCCUCUUGUGUGGUCUGGUCUUUUGUUAUGAACCCAACUCCCCCUCCUCGUUUAUGUCCUUUUCUCCUGUUUUGGCCAAGCCAACUAAGCCCUGUGUGUAAGAGUGGUUUUUCCUCGUCUCGAAGGUGGGUCUCUGUAAGUGCAUAUAUGUUGAUGUAUUCUUUGUCUAUCUGGUUCUGUAGUUCUGCCCACUUGAGUUUACUGCCACCUUGUAUGUUUAGUAGGCAGAUUUUGAAUUCUUUUUCCUUUCUUAUUGUUUUUUGCCUUAUACGUCUCUGCUUGCGGUUUACUUGCGCUUGUGUUUUUGGGUUGUUUUUUCUUUCUUCGUGUGGGCUGGUCGGGGCAUUUUGCCUCUCUUUCACCUGCGACGGUUCGGUUGGCUCAUUUGUGUGAAUGCUGUUGUCAUAGCUUUCAGGAAGGCUCGCAUUGUGUGGUCUUGUUUUGGUAGACGUCGACGAGCUUGUGGGGAGCUGCCGUGAUGUUCCCUGUAAACUCCUAAAAAAUUGGCUACUUUCAUAGCCAGGAGGUGCCCAACAUGGGUGCCUGUUGCUUCAGUGUAGUGUAUGUCCUCGAGGUAGUCUCCGUCCAUUUGGUUUGUAGUUGAGAAGAAUUCUACCUGGGGGCCAAGCAUGGUGCAUAGUUCGUUAGCUUGUUUGUUCCACUCUCGGCAGGCGGUUACCACGUGUGGACCUCGUGGUGUCAGUUCUGGUGUGGCACAUAGAAUAUAGUGGUGUUGGGGAUCAGCUUGACUCCAAGCUGUCAGUUUCUGUUUUAACUGUUCGAUAGAUCUGUGUGGCUCUUUUUCGUUCAGUAUGUCGGUAGAGCCAACAUGCAGGAUUAGUUGGAGCUUAGUUUCAGCUGAAUUUGCCUGCUCUAUCUCUUUCUCAGCUCGAAGCAGAGUCUCCUCCAUUGUUGCUCCCGGUUUCGUUGUGACGCGGAGUCUCCAGUCGCUAACGUCUUUGUGGAGCUGCCGUUUCAGGCGGUGAGCAUUUGAGUCUCCGAGCACCACUGAGCGUCUGUGUUGCGACUGUGUGUACCUCAGUUGUUGCUUGGGUUGGUUCCACUUCUUUGGAACUGAUUGUUCAUUGCUUCUUUGUGUUGUUGCUUUCUCCUUUGUGGGGUUUUCUACGCGGUUGUUUUUUCCCACCUUCAGCCAUGGACCUGCUUCUCUGUCCUCCUCAGUUUCAUCUUUUGCCAUAGAGUUGCUUAGUACUUUGGCAGUGUUUUGUUGCUCUGAGUCACGAGGCUGGAGUUCAUUUUUUUGCUCAGUGAACAGAGCAUCACCUGUGUGUACAUCGGUGUCAUCAGUGUCCAGGUGGCCUUUCGAGGGUCUGAGUUUGUCGACUUCGGCCUGUAGAGCUGCUACUUUUGUAGAGAGUUCUUCGCGUAGGGUGCGCUCAGUGCUCAACUCCUGUACGAGUUCUUUCAUCGCUGUCUUAUGAGCAGUUUCUGAUGCUUUCCAUUGCUCCUUCAUUGUAUCCACUUGCAAGUUAAAUUCUGCCCUCAUUGUUUUUUCCUGUAAUGCUAAGCUUGCGUACAGUGUGGAUAUCUUGGUGCAGUGUUUGCAUGUGUAUGUCUUGUCCUUUGCCUCUUCCAAAUUUUCGAAAGGCGUUUCUUCCAGGUAUGUCCAUCCUUCGCAGCUGCUGCACUGUACCAUACUUUCCUCGUCUUCCGCUGGGGUGGUCGACUUUUUCGUCGUGCGGGUGCGGGAUUUAGCCAUAUUGACCAAGAGAUGUAUAUUCUUCUUUUUCUUCUCCUUUUUUUGUUGUUGUUGUAAUAAAAGUGUGUUUGUUGUCUUGUUUGGUUGUUCUCCGAUAUACCCCGCUCAGCGGGUGUCGUACGGAAGGUCCGUUUUCGGGGCUUCACUCCGUGCAACUUUCAUAAACCGCGGGUAGCACCGUGGCGCUACCACCAACCUCGUAUGUCAGAAGACAAGCAGCUGCCCAAAUUCGACUGGUCGCGGUCGCUGUGAGUCAGGUCAGUCACGGCACUGUCUCCGUAGCACGAUCACAAAGCGCACAUGGCUCAGGCGCGCGCACACACACGUGUUGGCCCACACAUGCGUUCGUGUCGACUCGUUGCCCGGUCAGCACCAGUCGACGCCGUUGUAUGUAAUCCCACGGAGGCUACCCUGCCUAACGGAACCAGGGGAGCCGAGCCAGUGCUCCAUGACGCUGCUAGGUGGCGCGCUUGUCGCCACGGAGAUGCCUUCAUGCUCGUGGUGCAUCGGGGAACACUGUUCAGGGCAGAGGACCAUGGCAGCCAGGCGUCGUCUCAUCGACAUCGGGGCCAAUCUGACCGAUCCCAUGUUCCGUGGCCUGUACGGUGGGUCGCGCAAGCACCCUGAUGACCUGGACCAAGUGCUGCAGAGGGCGCGGGCCAAUGGAGUGCACAGGAUACUGGUGACAGGAGGCAGCCUGGAGGACAGCCGUCAAGCACUGGAGUUGGCCAAUGCCCAUGGUGGCCUGCUGUGGAGCACAGUGGGCUGCCACCCAACCAGGUGUGGAGAAUUCGAGGGCCCGCACGGCCCGCCCGACCGCUACCUGGAGCAGCUGUCGGGGCUGGUGCGACAGGGUGCCGGCAGGGUGGCUGCUCUGGGCGAGAUGGGACUCGACUAUGAGCGGCUGCAGUUCUGUGAGCGGGAGAUGCAGCUGCGCUACCUGGAGCUGCAGCUUCAGUUGGUGCGUCCCUGUGGGAACCUGCCUCUGUUCCUGCACUGCCGCAAGGCCGCACCCGACCUGCUUGACGUGCUCACUCGCAACCGGGGACUCUUCACCGGUGCUGUGGUGCACUCCUUUGAUGGUAGCAAGGAAGAAGCAGCUGCGUUCCUGGACUUGGGCCUCUUCAUUGGCAUCAAUGGCUGCUCGCUCAAGACAGCCGAGAAUUUGGCAGUAGCAGCCACUAUUCCCAGAGACCGACUUCUCAUCGAGACAGACUGUCCAUGGUGCGAGAUCCGUCCCACACAUGCUGGAGCCAAGCUGAUCCGGACGUCAUUUCCGGCGAAGAAGAAGGAGCGAUUUGAGCCAGGAUUCAUGGUCAAAGGCCGCAACGAGCCUGCAAAUCUUGUGUGAGUUGUGGGGCUCACAGCU